AUGGAUGAGCGAGCUGAUGAUGAGGACGGCGUGAAGGAUGAGAUACAUAGUGAGCAGUCAGAAGACUACGUGAAAUCUGAAGAUCGAAGUAUAACGCCAGAGGGCAAAACGCCAGACGAGAGCAUCAAUUCUCCAUCAGACGAGGAAGACAAGGAAAAUUCUCCCAAAGAGUUAGUUGUGGAAGAGGAGAAAGAAGCACAUCCAGCAGAAGCAGCAGCAGAAGCAGAAGCAGCACAAACAGCAGAAGCAUCUGAAGAAGAUAAUCACAGUUUACCGGACGACAAGCAAAUCGCUGACGAGCCAAUUGUUUUUUCUUCUGAGAAAAAAGAGACGGAUCACAUCGAAACAAAUCUCAAUUCUGAUCGUGAGAGUGAAUCUGAGGCAGCUCUCGUCGAACUUAUACCUGCUGAAGAAGAAGAAGAAGAGUCUCAGCCUUCUUCCAUAAUCAAUAGUGAAGAACAAGCCCCUGCUGAUCCUGAAGUCUCGUCCGAAAACGAGAACAACACAAAUAACGACGACGACGACGAAGACAACGAAGAAGAAGAAGAACAAAGUGAAUUACCAGAUUGCAUUGAACCUGAACCUGAACCUGAGCCUUGCCUAGACUCGCAACUUGAAACUUCAAACAUGACAACUAUUGACAAUGGCCACGUAGCUCACAAUGAAGCAAAUGAUAUUAAAUUAUUCGAAAAGAUGGAGCAAGAAAUUGAAAGCAGCCAAGCAGAAGUAACAUCAGAGCCUCUCCAGACGAAUUAUUCACCAGAUGAGACUGAUCACUUAUCGCAACUAUCAAAUACCCAAAGUUCCGAACAAGAUGUCGAUGCAGAAACAAAAAGUGAGCAAACGCAUUCAAAUGACGAAAAUACUCAAGAUUUGCCGGAAUCAAUUGUCAGCCCUGGAUCUAAUCCUUGUCAGCAGGAAGAAGAGCCCAAAUCGCCGGAGAUCCCUUUAGACCCUGUUGAUAGACUGCUGAUCGCCAACUCCAAGAUUGAGGAUGACAGAAAGCCACCAAAAGCUCCUUCUGCUAAGGUAUGA